GCGCGGCCAGGCAAAGACAGGCCUAGGAGGCCACUUGCUGAGCUGACGGGGAGCCGGAGCUGAGAGAGGAUGCGGGAGGGCCGGUGGGGGCGCGUGAGAUGCCGGAGUCAGCUGGUGCAUGUCCGGGGGGCCCAGGAUCUAGGGGCCGUGCGCAGGGGCAGCGGGUGGCACAUGAACCGUUGGAGUCACCCGCACAAACAGGACUUGGUACCUGAAAGUGGACAGUUACAGAACCCAGGUUCGCCCAUUUGUCUGCUUACUCAUGCAGCAGCAAAGGGUUUAGAAUAUUCCAGAAACAGAAUGCCAGGGCUGCUCCUUAACUUGGCGCCCCCUAGUGGCCUGGACAAUGCUGGCAAAACAACCAUCCUCAAGAAGUUCAAUGGGGAGGACAUUGACACCAUCUCCCCGACGCUAGGCUUCAACAUCAAAACCCUGGAGCAUCGAGGAUUCAAGCUGAACAUUUGGGAUGUGGGUGGCCAGAAGUCCCUGCGGUCCUACUGGCGGAACUACUUCGAAAGCACCGACGGCCUCAUCUGGGUGGUGGACAGUGCUGACCGCCAGCGCAUGCAGGACUGUCAGCGGGAGCUCCAGAGCCUGUUGGUGGAGGAGCGCCUGGCUGGAGCGACCCUGCUCAUCUUUGCCAACAAGCAAGACCUGCCCGGAGCGCUGUCUUCUAACGCCAUCCGCGAGGCCCUGGAGCUGGACUCCAUCCGCAGCCACCACUGGUGCAUCCAAGGCUGCAGCGCCUUCACCGGGGAGAACCUGCUGCUCGGCAUCGACUGGCUCCUGGAUGACAUUUCCAGCCGCAUCUUCACGACUGACUGAAGUGCUCUAGACGCCCCACCUCGCAGUCCAGAGCCCCAGGUCUUCACCAAGCACCAUCCACGGGGGGGGGUGGGCGUCCUCCACCGGUUCCACUAACACUCCCUGCCCCACUCUGUAACCUGCUGCUGCUACUGCCGCCCUCUCCUGCUGCUCCGUGGCCGGCCAGCUCCCGUGGUGGGGGGGCUGCUGCCCCGGCUCCUGACCUGGACUCGCGCAGCUGUCGUACCACCGGGGGGAGGGCAGGGGCUGGGCAGGGGCUGCCUCUGCUGCUACCAAGGCUGAGCGCCUUGUCCUUUGCUCAGCUGUGAGAAUAAACCUUCCCUGGCCCUGAUUGUCCUGAUUUCCUGGUCAGAUCAUUUGUUGAUU